CGGAGCAAAAUUGACCGUUCCGGUACCCCACUACUCGCCAUUGACUCAGUGAGUGACCAACUGACAAUCAAGACGACGGUGAGCGGAUUGAAUUCACAACCUCACCGUUCAUCAGCCUUCAAUCCAUUGUCUUUUGUGAUUGAACUUCGUUUUUCUUUCCGAUCUCAGAGGCCUUGUAUUUGACGAAUGGAUCUGUGUUUUGACGAGAAGGACUUCUUAGGAUGCUGUGGGAGUGCCAGAUUCGCCAAAGAGAUGGCUAUAGCUUCUCCUUUCUCUUCUCUUCAAGACGCCAUAUCUGCUGCUCAGGAAAUUUGGUUCAAUAAGGUUGAUGUCAAUGGCUGGCUUGAGGCUUUCUCGGCUCAUCCUCAGAUUGGAGAAACCCGUGCUUCCGCUCCAACAACUGAAACCAGCUCUCAGUGGAGUAAGGGAGAACAAUCAACUGCUUUAGCUACUGCUACGGGUACUAGCUUACAGGAAUUAUAUGAAUGGAAUGCUCGCUAUAGACAAAAAUUUGGGUUUAUAUUUAUCAUUUGUGCAUCUGGGAGAAGCACUGAUGAUAUUCUUGCUGAAUUGAAGCGACGUUAUCCAAACAGGCCAUUAAUUGAAUUUGAGAUUGCAGCUCAGGAGCAAAUGAAAAUCACAGAAUUGCGCCUUGCAAAGCUUUUUUCAUCCGCAGCAAAUGUUUCUUCUGCAACUGACAAGUAUCCCACUGGUGCUCAAAAGGCAGAAGAAGAUCGUUUAAGCAUUAUAGGUGGGCAUGUGAAUGCAGCUUCAGAAGCUUCAACUGGAAAACCAAUUCAAAGUCAUAGUAGAACUCGUCCACCUAUUACCACUCAUGUUUUGGAUGUUUCUCGAGGUUCUCCGGCUGCUGGCAUUGACGUGCUUUUAGAAAAGUGGAAAAACACAAAAGCUCGACCAACCUUUGGAGAGACUGAUAGUGGCAGUUGGGUGUUUCAAGGGUCUUCAACUACAGAUUCCGAUGGUCGAAGUGGUCAAUUGAUGAGAAUAGUUGACGACAUUGAUCCAGGGAUAUACAAGAUAAGCUUCAACACUGGAGAGUACAACCCAGGUGGUUUCUUUCCAUAUGUAUCGAUCGUUUUCGAAAUCCGGGAAUCGCAAACAAGGCAACAUUUUCAUGUUCCUCUGCUGCUUUCACCAUUCUCAUUCUCUACUUACCGUGGAAGCUAGGAUAGGACUGAGAAGGAUCAACCAGGACAUGUACCAUAAGUCAAUAAUAAGUUUGCCAGAGUGGUGUUAUUGUUAACUCCUAAUGGCUUGUAGAAAGAUUUUAAGUUUCGUGUAAAUGCUUAAAUAUAUGGAAGUGAAUGUUAUAUCUGUCUGCUUUAGUUAAGAUGAAAAUCAAGCUUUCAAAUAUUGACAAUGAUAAGAUUGUGCCUUGUUAGGCAUACCAAUCUCA